AUGAACUCAGACAUCUCACAAGACUUUCAUAAAGAAUUCACCUGUCUUAUCUGCCUGAAUUACCUGAUAGACCCAGUCACUGUGAGCUGUGGGCACAGCUUCUGUUUGUCGUGUCUCUGUGUUUCCUGGGAGAAAGCAGAGAGCACUAAUUGCCCUCUGUGCAGGGAACCAGCACAGAAGACAAACUUCAAAACCAAUAUUCUCCUGAAAAAUCUGGUGUCCAUUGCCAGAAAAGGCAGUCUCCAGGAAUUCCUGAGCUCUGCGGAACAUAUGUGUGGUUUACACAAGGAGCCAAAGCAGGUCUUCUGUGAAGACGACAGUAGCCUGCUCUGCAUGCUCUGCUCUAGCUCUCAGGAGCACGAGGCUCACAGACACUGCACCAUUGAAGAGGCUGCUGAGGAAUCCCGGGUGAAGCUCUCAAACCAAAUGAGAUCCUUAUGGGGAAACAUUCAAGAAAUCCAAAGAAAUCUCAAUAAAGAUGUGGAAAUUCUCUACACUAAUGAAAUUACCAAUCACAAUAUCAGGCUGUUUGAUGAUAUGAGAGGUUUGAGGUUUAUGGGUGACAGUCUACUAUAUGCAUCUCUGGAUCCUGGACCAUCUAACUAUUAUGCUGCAUGGGGAGCCCAGGUCUUCACCUCUGGCAAACAUUAUUGGGAGCUGCAUGUGGACGACUCUUGGGACUGGGCUGUAGGGGUCUGUAAGGAGUCCCAUCUAAGGAAGAAUGGCACUCUGAUUGGGUCUCAGGACACACUCCUUCUUUUAUGUGUGAAGGAGGAUAACGGUUACACUCUGUGGACCACUGCCCCAAUGACUCGUCAGUUCAUAGAGAAACCUCUGGGCAGGGUUGGUGUGUUUCUUGAUGCUGACAGGGGAAGUUUGAGUUUUGUGGAUGUUGCGAAGUGUUCUCUCAUAGAGCAUUCCUGCAUUAAGCCUUCCCCUCUUUAG